AUGGUUCGAAUCACUAGUAUUGCACUCGUGGCUUUUGCUACCUCUGCUUUGGCGGUGCCUGCUCAACCUGGGUUCGAUGCCACUCCCGAGGUUGGCCGAGAGCAUGGCCUCUUUCUACGUCAAGAGCCUCCUCUUGCUGAACGUCCAGUUGUAGAGCCAAACCCUGAAGAGGUAAAGACUGCCAAUGCAGAACUAGCCGUUCUGUUGCAAAAUAUGUUAGAUGUUAUGGGAAGCAUCAACGAGGACAUAAAACAGGGCAAAGUACAACUUGAAACCAAGACAAAGCUUACGCCUGAAGAACACAAGGCUGCCCUCGAAAUUAUACAGGAGGGAAUUUUUAAAUCCGCCCAAACCUUGGUGGAAAUAGGCAAACCGCUAAUCGAAGGCAAAGGCGAAGACAAAGCCGAGCCUGAACCCGAAGCCAAGUAA